CGUGGACCCGUGGACCGUUCCAGUUAGUCCAAGUACUCCAAGUCGGCACCGGUUAGUCGGGGUUCGGAGUCCGAUAUUGUCUGUAAUUAACACCUGUUCUCCACGUUUGAAAAGAUAGGAAAUUGCGAAAGAUCAUACUUCAAAUGGCACAUACUACAAGGCUGCUCGUGACGACUGGCAAUUUCUUGAAGAGCGCCUGCAAUUCUUUCUCGAUGGCCGCGAGAUCCUCUAGUUCAUGGUGGUCUCAUGUUGAAAUGGGACCACCAGAUGCUAUUCUGGGAGUCACGGAAGCUUACAAAAGAGAUCAAAAUUCAAAGAAGAUCAAUCUGGGCGCUGGUGCUUACAGAGAUGACAAUGGCAAACCAUAUGUUCUCCCGAGUGUUCGUAAGGCAGAGGAGAAAAUACGAAUCAAGGAAAUGGACAAAGAAUACUCCACAAUUGCUGGCAAUCUCGAGUUUUGUCAGCACAGUAUUAAUCUAGCUCUUGGGGAGGGAAAUGAAGUUGUUGCGAAUGGAUUGAAUGCAACAGUUCAAGGAAUUUCUGGAACUGGUUCUCUCUUUGUUGGAGCACAAUUUUUGUCUCAUCAUUUUCCUGGCAAUAAGGAAAUUUAUCUACCAAUUCCUUCAUGGGGAAAUCAUACUCCUUUAUUUAAACUUGCUGGGCUUACGGUCAAAUCUUAUCGUUAUUACGAUCCAAAAACAUGUGGUUUGGAUUUUAAAGGAGUAGUAGAAGAUAUAUCUAAUAUUCCUGAGAGAUCAAUCAUCCUUCUACAUGCAUGUGCUCACAAUCCCACUGGCGUUGAUCCCAAACCGGAACAAUGGGGAGAAUUGUCUACUCUAAUUAAAAAGAAGAAUUUGUUUCCAUUUUUCGAUAUGGCAUAUCAAGGCUUUGCCUCAGGAGAUCUUACAAGAGAUGCUUAUGCAGUCAGACUAUUCAUUAAAGAAGGUCACAAAAUUGCCUUAGCUCAAUCCUAUGCAAAGAAUAUGGGUCUUUAUGGUGAACGUAUUGGAGCAUUCACUCUAGUGACAUCUAGUAAAGAUGAGGCUGCCCGCACUCUGUCGCAACUGAAGAUUCUAAUUAGGCCAAUGUACUCAAACCCGCCGAUUUACGGAGCUCGUAUAGUUAACGAGAUCCUUGGCGAUCCUGAAUUGCGAAAGGAAUGGCUAGGUGAUGUGAAGGGUAUGGCCGAUCGCAUUAUUUCGGUUCGCACGAAACUGCGCGACAAUCUGAAGAAGAACGGCAGCACUCGUGAUUGGUCUCACAUCACCGAUCAGAUCGGAAUGUUCUGUUACACUGGUCUAAAGCCGAAUGAGGUAGAAAAACUUACAAAGGACUUUAGCAUUUAUCUGACUAAGGACGGUCGCAUCUCCAUGGCCGGCGUGACGUCUAAAAAUGUAGAAUAUUUGGCACAUGCGAUGCACGAAGUUACCAAGUAACUUCCACCACUAAACUGACAAGUUAAAUAUAUAUUAUCAUUCACCCGAAGCCGCCUUGAUAAUAUAUAGCCUGCCAAUGAUAAUAUAUAGUCUAUUUUACAGUAUACAACUUGAGCAAUUAAAAGUAACUUACAAUUAAUCAAGAAAAAUAUAUACAAAACCACACAGCACGGAUAUGAAAUAGAUAAUUCUGAAAAUUCUGAAAUAUGCAUGAUUUAUCUUGGUUUCUAAAUAUUUGUGAAUCUAUUUGCUGUUGUGCUAAAUAAUAUAUUGUACAAUAGCACAUAAUUAGUAACAUAUACUGUGAUAAAUAUAUAUGCGAGAUCAUUGAAUUUAAUGAACCAAAUUUUUUUAUUUUUAUAAUAUAUUUUAAAUAUUUCAAGUUAGAUAUUUUAGAUAUCAUAAGUAAAUAUAUUUUGAUAUUUUUUUAAAAAAAUAAUAUUUUUUGUAUUACAUAUCUGUGCUGUACGAAGACGAGAUAAUUGUAUUUUAUAGAAUUUGUAUUAACGCGAGUGAGCAGUGCAAGUUGCAAAUAUUUGAAUGUUGAAUAUUUGUUGCAGUUGUACAUAUUAGAUUCCAGUAAAACCCGCUGUUUUUGUAAUACGAUCCAUUUUUUAUAUGUAGCGUUUAAUUUUACAAUUUUUAUUUUAAGAUCAUUGGGAACAAAUAUUUUCCUCUAUUCUAAAUUUUACGAUUCCGAAUUCUAUUUUGAAUAAUACAUAACAAAAAUAUCUUCCAUUCUUUCUUAUUAUAACAUUUAUGAGAAGUAAUGUGAGGCAGCACAAGAACUAGUUUAAGGAAAAAUAAUUGGAAUAGGGGAAAAUUUUGGAUAAAAGAAUUUGUAUCUUGUUAUAUGUAUUGUAUAUCCUCGCUAUUUAUAGCUAUCUGAAGAGCUUUAUAGAAUACACAUAUUUCUUGUAAAGUUUAUAUUUUAAAGAGUGUAAUAUAUCUAAAGAUCAUGUUAAUAU